AUGGCAUCCUACGACCCCCGUGUAAACACCAACAGCACAACUCAAAAUCCUCCUCCCCCGCCGCCUCCUCCCGAGUCCGCGCCAUCAGACAUGACUGCACCUACCGACGGCGCAGCUGAUGUGGUCGCUGCGACCACAACCCCCAACAACACCAAUGAUGAGCAGACAGAUUCCUGGAAACUCAAAUUCUGCACCGUCUGUGCAUCCAACAACAAUCGCUCAAUGGAGGCUCACCUUCGACUCGCGACAGCACCCUCCGCGUUCCCAGUCAUCUCGUUCGGCACUGGCUCACUGGUCCGACUACCAGGCCCGUCUAUCACGCAACCGAACGUGUACAGCUUCAACACCACUUCCUACAAUCAGAUGUACGAAGAGCUGGAGGAGAAAGACGCGCGCCUGUAUCGUCACAAUGGAAUUCUGAACAUGCUGGACCGCAAUCGCAAUUUGAAAUGGGGCCCGGAACGAUUCCAAGACUGGAUACCCGGUCAGCCACGGCUCGAACAUAUCUCCAAGGGCGACAAGGGCGCUCAGGGGACAGAAGGGGGAGUGGUCGAUGUCAUCAUCACCUGCGAGGAGCGCUGCUGGGAUGCUGUGGUGGACGACCUCAUGAAUAAGGGGAAUCAAUUGAAUCGACCUGUUCACGUAUUCAAUGUGGAUAUCAAAGAUAAUCACGAAGAAGCCCUGGUUGGUGGAAGGGCCAUUCUGGACUUGGCCAACCGGUUGAAUGAAUCUGCCAUGGCGCAAAGAAAUACCCACGGAUCCGCGGGAUGGGAGAAUGGAUCUGGUGCCGCGCGCUUGAGCUUCGAUGAGAGUGUCCCGGAGAUCCUGGCCGAGUGGCAAGAAAAGCACCCCAAUCUGCCAGCAUUGUGGACAUUGGCCUGGCUGUAG